UCUGUUCCACCUUCUGGGCAGUCUUAAAACCUGUCACAAAGGAGUUCGCGUUUCGGAGCUCCCGAAUAACCAGAGCAACAUAACUGGGCAUGCUCCGUAGGGAAGGGCUGUUUUGGAACACAAACAUAGCAAGCGUUGAAGGAAGAUUUUUCAAGGCUGCUGGUUUCAGGAUUGGAUACAGCUUCCUGUCAUCAUUCUAUCAAGAUGUUACAGCUCCUCCCACUCACCCUACAGCCACACUUUCUCUUUUUUAUCUCCGUGCCCAAUUUUGGAGCCAGCCCUCCUUGGAGGCCACGGCCAAUCAAGAGACCACACAUUGUUGCCUAAGAGACCCCGGAUGCUAGCGACAGGAUUUAUAGAUGGUGAUUGGACUGCUGGAAACCGUGAGGUGGGGCUGGAAGGAGUCAAAGAAAGCUGCCCUAGUGCAACGAUGGCAACCCCAGGGCCAGAGGCUUGAAGAAAGAGGCCAGCUGCUGAGGUGUAGUCUUUCUGAUGGACGAACACCAGGUCAUUUCAUGAUGGCAUUUGCACCUCCAAAAAGUACUGAUGGCUCCAAAAUGCAGACAAAGAUGAGCACCUGGACACCCCUAAACCAUCGGCUUCUGAAUGACCAGGUGUUUGAAGAACGAAGAGCUCUGCUUGGAAAAUGGUUUGACAAAUGGACAGACUCUCAGAGGAGAAGAAUUCUCACAGGCCUGCUAGAGCGCUGCUCCCUGUCCCAGCAGAAGUUCUGUUGUCAAAAGCUGCAGGAAAAAAUCCCAGCAGAGGCUCUGGAUUUUACUACCAAGCUUCCAAGGGUGUUAUCUGUCUAUAUCUUUUCCUUCUUGGAUCCCCGGAGCCUUUGCCGUUGUGCACAGGUGAGCUGGUACUGGAAGAGCUUGGCUGAGUUGGACCAGCUCUGGAUGCUCAAGUGCCUGCGCUUUAACUGGUACAUCAGCUUCUCCCCAACACCCUUUGAGCAGGGCAUCUGGAAAAAGCACUACAUUCAAAUGGUGAGAGAACUUCACAUCACCAAACCCAAGACACCUCCAAAGGAUGGAUUCAUAAUCGCCGAUGUUCAGCCCAUUCCCAGCAGCUCUCUAGAGGAAAAACAGUCCCCCUCCUUAUCUCUGCGGUCCUCCUCGCUAAGAAAGAAGAAUAACCCAGGGGAGAAAGAGCUUCCACCGUGGAGAUCGUCGGAUAAGCAUCCCACCGAUAUCAUCCGAUUUAAUUAUCUAGACAACUGUGACCCUGAACACCUCUGGCAAGGAAGAAGAAAAAGAAAGGAAGUGACCCCAGACUUCAAGCGGCAGUUGAGGGAUAAGAAAAACAAGCCUGAGGACAGAGCCAGGCUCAAGAAAGCACAGUCACUGAUGUUCCUGAGCUCCCAUUCGAAAGUUCCAGUUCGUCUCACCUGGCCUCUUCAUCUGCCGGUGGGACCCUCAGAUGCUGAAGCACUAACUAGAAUUCUCAUGGAGCAUUUCCCAAACCACCCUAGGCUUCGGUCACCCCCCUCAGAGAAUCCAGAGUCAACACAGACUUAAGAAUGGAAAAGGACUUUUCUAGAAGUGACAAGAUAUUCUUCACAGCUGAGAAUUGGUUUCUAACCAGGCCCUCCAUUAAACACUUUUGAUUUAUGUA